AUGACCACCCGGCAAGAAGCUAUCGCGAUCCUCAUCCUCAUCGGAAACGCUGCACGUAGGCUCAUACCUCAACCUCUAUACCUCUACCCCGUUCUCAUCACUCUCCCCAUCAUCUGUUGCGCCGACUCGGGCGCCUUCAACGUGACCCCGCGUCCGUCUAGCGGCUUCGGCAGGCUGUUCAAUGCGAAGUGCUUCCCUCCGGCUACCUCACCAGGAUUGUCUUCGCUCCCUGCAGUUCCUCCGCGCACCGGUGAAGAUGAAGAAACCACAGUGCCGUGUACCCAGGCAAGUCCGGCUCUUAUCCCCGCAUUGAAAGACGGGGAAUCGGCAGAGCCCGGCGGAAGGCACCACGUCUGCCGCCUGCUGUCCUCGCCCUCUACCGGCAGCAGUCAUGCGGCUGAUCGAGGACAGGGGGCUGACAUCGUGGGGCGUACGCAGAACACGGUGAAGUACUCGAUGGAGGACGCUGCGGAGGAGGACGUGAACGAGGACGGCGCGCAACCCGCGAGGGAUAGCGUGUACGAGCAGCAGGGCGGACACGCGCGAACCACAUUGGCAAUACUUCCGGCGAAGGCGCUUUCGACUUUUGUCUUCCUCGUGGCACAUAACCCUGCUAGCGGCUACUUCGCGACCAAGACGGACGAUUGUGAAGGACCAGGUCGUGAACGUCAAGGCGGGGCGUAUGACCUCAUGGAGCAGGACCAGUCGUCGUUUGUCGUCAAGCGCUGCUUGGCCUUUCAGGGCAAGGAGAACCUCUGUCUCGUUAUGGAGACCAUCGGGCAGGUGCCGUACACGCAUUGGGUUGGUGUAGGCGCGCGCUCCCAAGUCCUGCAAGGCGAGCAGGGCGUCGCCGACCUCCCUGGCGAGCAACGUCGUCGACGACAGAUGUGCAGCUCCUUGGUUGGAGUGCUAACGCCACGCUUGCUCGCACCGGUGACGAGGCGAGCCGUGAGAGCCUCGGGCUCGGCGAGCGUCGGGCAGGGAAGGGCGCUGCGGUGGAGGGGGCUUGCAUGUGAGCGGGAAGGUGAAGAAGGGCAUCGCUGUACGACGAGCGGUGGUGCACAGACGAUCGUGGAGGGCGGGAAGGUGGGCACGCAGAAGCCGGAGCAACGGCAGGCAGCAGCGAGCUUAUCUGCUAGCUGGGAGGAUGCGAGCGUGGACGAUACUCCGAAGGAUGGAGGCACGCAGGAGGAGGAUGAAGAGGAGGGCGGGGAGACGCACAAUCCUGCGUUCGCGAUCCGCUGGGCCCAUUUCACUGGCGAUACCUUAAUGUGGUAUGAAGCAAGGAUCCCGGGCCCCGAUAUUGAACCGUUCGAGGAGUUCGCCACCUGCUUCCUCAUGAACUACGGAUUUGCCCCGCGCGACACUGGCGCCGAUGAUGCAAUCGACACGUAUGAGAUCGCGCACAUCUACAACCGAUUCGAAGAUUGUAUUUUGUGGGGUUCUUUCGAGGACGACACGACAUGGGCCCACGUUCGCGAAGCCUACUGGAGGAUCUUCGCUUUCUCCGUAGCCGCACACUAUAUGAUCGCGGUCCUUAAGAUUCUCGUAGCGAUGUAG